GGACAUCGGCACUAAGAUCGCAGUAGAUGCUGCCUUGCUCUUGAGUAACGGUGGGUGGGCCUGGGGAUGCAAGUCUGAGCCCCCCGAGGGUUUUUGGGGGCUGGAUUGUCUCCGUUCUCAUGUCGUGAGCAACCAUGAGAGAUUAUCCUUUCCAUUUUCUCCCCUUUCAGAGCAUGGCUCUGUUCUAUCAGAAAUGAUCAGGCGCUUAAAGGCAGGCCCAUCGUCGACCUUACACCUCCCGCCAGGAACAAUUUUGUGCGGCACAGCAAUAGUGGGCGGUACUUACUAUGGUCAUCAAAGCUCGUUGAGUCCGUUGAUAGACAAAAAAAAAAGCUUCAAGCUUCUGGCCCUGCCUCGCGAGGCAUUUCGACUUUCUUUCACAUUCCUUUCUUUCUUACUUUUUUUGUUAAUUUUUCGAUAUAUGAACUCGCGAAGACUCUGUCAUCGAUACCCCUUUUUAUACCUUCUCCACUUUCAACCAGACCACUACAAUUUCUUAUACUAUAUUCUUCCCAUCUAGAGAGGUGUGGAUUAGCCUCGGAUCAUCUUCGUCAUUACUAUUGGCGGUCUGACUGCCUAUUUAUUUUGUUGGACCUUGCCACCGCUCCCCAGCUA